UACCCGAAAUAGGAGGGACCGGAAGUUUACUAAUAUUCACCUGACCUGUCUGGCAAAUAAAUUGUAAGCCAAUGUAGUUUGUUGUUGUUAUUUUAAAAACGCUGUACGUCCGGACAGAUGGACCCAAAGGGACCCUCGCUUUAUGCAGCAGGCUCCUCGGCAGAUAUGACACGAAGCAUAGAGGAAGAGUCUUUGGUGGAUGGGCCCCUGAUCUCUGCUGAUGCCCUCCACUCUGCCAUCAGGAGAGAGUUUCAAACUGUGCCAACACACUGCCAUGCCAUCCUGCUGACUCUGCUGCAUGUUGUUUAUGUUGUGUUGUCAGUCUGCGUAGCAGUGCUGUGUGUAUUAAAAUUCGGCCAAGAGGAAGUGUGCAAGAGUGUUUUGGGGACAGUCCAAGGCGACAGCGUCAUCGUGUUUGCAAAGGCGUGUUUAUGGAUCCUGGUGCUGGUGUUCACGGGCUGCGUGCAUCACCACCACAGUCGUGCUCGGAGCAGAGGAUACCUGCGGUUUUACAGACAAACGCAGAGGCUGAAACAGGUGCCGUUCAUCAUAAAUGCUGCAGGAAACACUCUGCUUAUGACUCUUCUGGCUGCGAGAUUACCACAGACUGUACACGUCUACGUGCUGCUCAGUAUUCUGGGAUUUGAGGUCUUGUUGACAUUGCCAUACCUGCUGUAUUACAUAGUUAAAGUGAUGCGGUUCAACAGAGAGCGCGCUGCACCAGAUGUGAGCCAGGAAGAGCUUUCACACACCUACAGCCUCACCAACGCACCGACUGAGACGGGCUUCAGAGGAAGCUCUAAUCUGGAGGAGGUGGUGGAGAAACAAGCCGAUCUGAUCGAGUACCUGAAACAGCACAACACCAUACUGAGCAAGAGGCUGCUCAACCUCACCGCACAGCACUAACCACAGUUUGGCCUCCUCAUCGAUGCCAGACGAGUACACCCACCAACGCUCUGCGGAAAAAGAGCCUGAUCAUUUAACUCUACAAGGAAUAAAAAAAAAAAAGCAAUUUGAGGCUUUAAAAGAAGGAGGACGCUGUGGGCAAAUGCACCUGUACACACAGACUGAGUGAGAGGGCUCCUCUGUGGGGCAUCUUCACCUGAAAUGGACAGAUAAUGGAGGAGGAGGUGAACUGAAAGCAGGAGGGCAGUUAAAGAGACAGAGGGGGGAAGUCGUGGGUCACAGAUCAGAGGUGAGGCGGGGGGGGGUGUUUAUCACUGUGCCACGACCCCCGGUGACCCACGUGUGCUGCCGCUUCUUGUCACUGUGAAAGAAACAGAACGGUGAAAUUGUUCUAAAGAUCAUCUUCACCGAGCAGGGAGAGGUUAUCACUUAUCAGGAUCAAACUAAACCAGAGCAGUUAAACCAUGCUGUAACACGUGUAAGUGCUUUUUAUGUAUCUAAAAAUGUGUGUGCCGGUGGUUUAUUCGAGUUGUGUGUUUCUUUGUUCAGUCACUGGAUUUGUUUGUGAUCAGAUUUCAAUAAAUCUUUAAUAUUCUUGUGA